CGUCGCUUCCAAAAAUCGCCUCCUCACGUUUCCGGUUCGGAUUCCCCUCGCGUCACACGCUCCCCUACCCCGCGCGCUCUCUCUCUCCCCUCGCCCGCUCCCAUGGCGUCCCUCUUCAGGGCUCGCCGGCGGCGAUCGCCGGAGGACGAGGGGGACGACGGCGACGGAUCCGGAUCCGGGCGGGGCAAGCGCCGCCGCCUCUCGCCGGAGGAGGGCGGGCUGGUGCCGGCGGAGGGGGGAAGGAGCCCCGGGUGGCUCUCCACCAUCGUGACCGGGGCCAAGCGGGUCAUAUCCUCCGUGCUCUUCUCCUCGUCCGAGGAGCAGGCCUCCGGGGACGAGGAGGAGGAGGAAGACGGCUCCGAGCAGGACUCCGAUGGAAAUGAAGAUGCCCAUGAUAAUCAUGGAACAAUAGUUUCUUACAGCGAAUCAAAGCUUGCCAUUGAGGAAAUGGUUAUGAAGGAAACAUUUUCAAGGGAUGAAUGUGAUAAGAUGGUAAAGCUAUUACAGUCACGUGUUACAGAUUCAGCAUUUCCUGAAGCCUAUGAGCAUGGGACACCAAAAGAAACCCCAAGCAGGAAUGGCCAUGAUUUUACUGGAGCUUGGCGUUCCUUGAAUCGCAAUAGAAAUGGCCCUGGGUCAGGUCCAUUUUUGAGUACCGGACCUGGUAACUUUUCUCCUGGCUCUCCUCUCCAAGCAUCACCUGAGCUAUGUAGUGCAGCAGUUAUGGAAGCAAAGAAAUGGUUGGAAGAGAAAAGGCAGGGAUUAGGCUCAAAGCCUGAAGAUCAUGGACCUUGCACAUUAAACACUGAUGUGCUUAAUGCUGACCUCAAAUCUGACAAGGGUUCUCCUGUCGAUUUAGCAAAAUCAUACAUGCAGUCAUUGCCACCAUGGCAGUCCCCUUUAUUAGGCAGUCGGAGAUUUAAAUCACCACCCUCCGGUGGAGUACAUAUUAAUGAUGAAGAAGGAUCCAAAUACUUCUCAUCAUCAAAGGUCGACACCAAGGAAGACUUCCUUUCCAGUUCCAACUUCUGGGAAAACUUUGAUUUGCGAAGAGAUCACAUUAAAUUUUCUGAAACUGCAGAAGCUUCUAAGUCGAGGCACCAUGGUUCUACUUCCAGAUUGUUUGAUAAUGGUGUCUCUAUAUUAUCGCCGGGUACUCGUGAUGAAGUUGGACAGAAUGUACAGGGUUAUGAAGGUUCUGAUAAAGUUGCUGCAGCAGAACCAGCCAAUGAGUGCUCCUUACCUGUUUCACCAACUAAAGAUGGAAACCAUGGUGCUGUUGAUUCUGUGGAUGCUGCACCGAAGGAAAGUGGAAAUCUUGUCCAAGAAUGCCAUGUUGCAUCUGAUGUUCAUCCUGAUGAGGUACCACAGGGGAAUGCAGAUGAGGUGCCACGUGGGAAUCCUGUGCCUCUCACAAGUGCAACGGAAGAGGCUGUCAACCACAGUGGAGAUAAAUCUGUGCCUGCAGAACCAGAAAUUCACGAAGAAUUGCAUAUGAACUCAACUUCAGAAUCGAGAGCAAAGGAUGCAGCCCCCCAUUUCCGGAUGAGUUUGCGUUCCCUAAAGAAAAAGGUCCACACGAGUUUAAAUGGGCCUACCAAGAAAAUCUCUGCCAACGGUCUUCUGGAUCGAUCAGAUGGCAACUCAGGGAUAGAAUCCUCGUGCAAUGAUAAUCCCAGCUGCACUAACUCGAGCAGUGCUGUACCUCCCAACAAUAAUGAGUUCAUCAACUCUGCAGCUGAUGCUUCAGCUGAUAACACCGUCGAUGACGGCGUGAGAACGGUUUCAGAGAAACCGGCGGAUGGUAAGUCUGUCGAAAACGGCGCUGGGACGGAUUCAGUUGAACCCGCAAAGGAAGACGCUAAACCAACUUACGUCAGACGUGGCCGGAAAAGGGCUGCUCGUAGGGCGUUAUGAAGAGGAGUUUAGGAGCAAGCACUUGUUAUACCAGGUCGCAGUGUACUAAUAUUAACUGGUCCCAAGAAGGGGCGGUAUGAUACCUAGGUUUAACCAGAGCUAGUAUUCAUUUGAUGGGAUAUCUCAGGUAACACAUCAUGUACCCACGCCCGUAUCCAUGUUGUAUCACUGUAGGCUAGAUGUGAUUACUAGGUUCAGUAGCUGCUCAUUCAGUCUCAUCUAGAUGUGGUCUGUAUUAUUAUUGUUAUUUGGGUAGUUUGUGAAAGACGGAAGCACAACUUCAUCACUACUAUUUGAUUGUAUUGUAUUGUAUCAUUGA